AUGUCUACCGAUUCGUACACUCCCUCACAAGAGCCUGGUUCAAAGCGUUUAAAGACGGGCGAAUCUGUAUUUGCAAGAAGAGGAGUAUCGCCAAGUACUGGUGGAGUGGCAUCAGCCUACGGUAAUGAGAGUGAGAAAAAGCCAUCGUGGUUACAAACCAACAAAAGUGAUAUUGAUGGGAAGUACGAUAAAUAUGGAGAGAGAAGAAAUGCCCAUACUACAACAAGAGACUCAAGACUUGAUAGGUUAAAGCGAGUUCGUCAAAAGCUGGCUGAGCGGGAAGAUGUUGGUCAUGAAGGAGACGAAGGAGACGAGGAUGAGGGUAUAUUACCUUAUAUUCAUUUACAAGCGGCCAACCCUGCCAUCAUUCACAACGAGAAACAGGAAAACUAUCGUACGUUUCAGAGUAGGAUAUCGAAUAGAGAGAAUAGAGACAUCAAUAGUAUUGUGAGGGCACACUAUAAUCAGCGAACACAACAAGCAAAACAGCAAGGAUCCCGAGUCAAUUCGCCAAUUUACAAAAUGAGGAAUUUCAACAAUGCCAUUAAAUACAUAUUGUUGGGUAAUUGGGCCAAACAUAAUCCAGAGGAAUUGGAUUUGUUUUCUUUUUUGGAUUUAUGUUGUGGCAAAGGUGGGGAUUUGAACAAAUGCCAAUUUAUUGGCAUUGAUCAAUAUAUUGGCAUUGACAUUGCUGAUUUAUCGGUCAAAGAAGCAUUUGAACGGUACACAAAACAAAAGGCGAGGUUCAGACACUCUAAUCAGAAUUCUAAUCGGUAUACUUUUGAGGCGUGUUUUGCCACAGGGGAUUGUUUCACCCAAUUUGUGCCUGAUAUCCUAGAGCCAAAUUUCCCUGGAAUUAUAGAACGUGCAUUUCCCGUGGAUAUUGUUUCCGCCCAGUUUUCGUUGCAUUAUUCUUUUGAAAGUGAAGAAAAGGUACGUACAUUGUUGACCAACGUCACAAGGUCGUUGCGUUCAGGAGGCACUUUUAUUGGCACAAUUCCUUCCUCUGAUUUCAUAAAGGCAAAAAUAGUUGACAAACAUUUGCAACGAGAUGAAAAGGGGAAAGCGAAGUUUGGUAAUAGUUUGUAUUCGGUGACGUUUGAAAAAGAUCCUCCAGAAGAUGGCGUAUUCCGUCCUGCGUUUGGGAACAAGUACAAUUAUUGGUUGAAAGAUGCCGUUGACAAUGUUCCUGAGUAUGUGGUUCCGUUUGAAACAUUGAGAUCAUUGUGUGAAGAGUACGAUUUGGUUUUGAAGUAUAAAAAGAGUUUUACAGAUAUAUUCAACCAGGAGAUUCCAAAGUAUUUUAGUAAAUUGAAUAAAAAUCUAAUUGAUGGAAUGAAACGAAGUGAUGGCAAGUACGGUGCUGAAGGCGACGAAAAGGAAGCAGUGGCAUUUUACAUAGGAUUUGUAUUUGAGAAGGUAUAG